AUGAUUCCUACCCCAGAUCUAUCUCACCUUACAAAGGAUGACUACGAGUACGUAUAUGAACCCGCAGAAGACACCUUUCUAUUCUUGGACGGGCUUGAACUAGAGGUUGAUGAACUCAGAACAUCCAAGCCGUCGAUAUGCCUCGAAAUCGGUUCCGGAUCUGGAUGUGUAUCUGCAUUUCUCGCUUCAAUCCUAGGGACUUCUACCGCAUUAUUCCUAUGUACCGACAUUAACCAGUUCGCCUCUUCUUGCACGUUAGCAACCGGAAGACAAAACAAAACCCCUCUCGACCCGAUAAUAGGCUCAUUAGCAACUCCACUGCUACAAAGACUUCGACACUCAGUCGACAUUCUACUAUUCAAUCCGCCAUAUGUUCCCACCAAUAUGGAUGAAGCAGAUGGCGCUCAACACACUGCAGGGAUACAGGGCUCUUGGGCAGGUGGAACUGAUGGUAUGCAAGUGACUGAUGUUUUCUUAAAAGAUGUCGAGGUCCUUCUUUCGGAUACAGGCAAAUUUUACCUUGUGGCAAUCAAACAAAAUGAUAUUCCAGGCAUUCGCCAUAGGAUGAUGACAGAAUAUGGUUUAAAGAGUGUUAUCAUCACUCAGCGCAGAGCUGGACGAGAACACUUAUUUAUCAUUAAGUUUUCACGAUAG